AUGAGCUCAAAACCCACUAUCUUCUUCCUCGGCGCGACGGGCUACGUGGGGGGCGAAAUCCUCAGCUUGCUCAAUAAAUCCCAUCUCCCACCUCCCGCGGCUCGAUCGUCCUCCGGCUCCGGCUCUGACUCUACUACCACGAACACAGACUUAGGGAGGUACCAUGUCAUCGCGCUCGUGCGCAACGUGACGCCCGAGCGCGAGGCGGCGCUCAGGCGGCUGUACAACUCGGACGACCUGGAAAUUUUGGAAGGUACGCUGGACGACGGGGACAUAAUACGCAGCGCGGCGGAGAGGGCGGAUGUCGUUGUCAGCUGUGCGGUUUCGAUUCACGGCGAGAGUACGAAAUGGCUCACGACGCGCUCGAAAGCGAGCGGUGGAGCGUCUCCACCGAUCUUGGUGCACGUUUCUGGGAUUACGAUUAUCGCCGAUGAUGCCAAUGGCGAGGAGGUCGCAGAUGUCAAGGAGUGGAGUGACUUGGACUUGGAUAUCACCAAGCUUCCUCCGACGUCUUCGCAUAUGAACUGUGAAAUUCCCAUAGCAGAAGCUGGCACGCGCAGCAACUAUCCCAUCCGCACGUUUGUCUUGUAUGCAGGCUUGUACUGGGCCACAGGCGUUCAACGCACAUCCGCCUGGCUGGGUCCUUGGAUUAAGCAUGCAAAAGACGCCGGAUUCUCCGGCACGUACGGGCCAGGCGCUAAUGCGCUCAGUCACAUACACGUCCGCGAUGUCGCUGCAGGCGUGCUUACGGUCUUGACGGCUGCGCUCAAGGGCGAGGUCAAGGGAGGAAAGGGGUUUAAUUACUUCGUUGCUACCUCCAAGACCGAACAAAGAGAAUGGGCGAAAGUCAUCGGUGAUGUGCGCCUUCUAUGCUCGAACGACAGCCGCAGGGCUCACCUCGAACCAUAUUUGUUGCACCAGUAUCUGUACAGCAAGAGACUCAUAGAAGAACCUGGAUGCCGCCCCUGGCCUGAAGGCAUCAUUCGCCCCAAAGGAACACGUGCAUACUGGCGGGUCUUUGGAGGGAAUCAGAUCGUCCACCCUGACCGGCUCCAUGCGCUUGGCUGGGAGCCCAAGGAGACGCAGAAGCAGGGUCUGUUGGACAUUUUGCCUCAGGCCAUUGACGUCGCAUUACAGUGA